CAAUCACAACACGAUCGCUACUCGGGGAUUACUGGACCUUGACGAAAAAAAGCCCUUGGAGAUGUCGAUUCCGCAGCCAGUAGCUACCAGACGCAUCCGUCACCACCACCCGCAGCACCACGUACAGCUCUUUACUAACACACCACAGCACCAUCUCGCGCCUGACGACAGCAGCAUCAUUUCCACGUCGCUCUGGGACACAGAUACAACGGGUGAGCACAGUCUUGAUCAAAACCCCAGGCCUGUAUCUUCUGUUCCUUCUUUCCCAUUCCCUUAAAACCCCGCUGCCUGUGCCAUUAUCAAGGUUUUGUCAUUGUCAGCCUUCUUAACCUUCCCCGAACCUAAGAGAUCUAGUUUUUUUUUGGCCCCCUCCUCAUUAUCUUCCGGCGCCUCGCAGACAGUCGCAGCAGUCAUCUCUAGCCAAAGUUGUAAUGGCCAAUCAGCUGGCUGCUGCGAAUUCAUCAACGGCUUCCACCAACGGUCCACGAUCUGUCCCCGACGAAGAAAUUGGCCGCUAUGCGACAACGCCUGCUCCAUUAGAAACCGCCGUUCUCUCCAACCCAAACUCCAACGUCUUACCGGUUCAUAAUGGCGGCUCCCCCACAGCAUCGACCUCGUCGAAGGACUCCAGCACGGUGAACAUACAACCCCAGUCUAGCUAUCUGCUACCGCCGCCAGCCACUUCAUCGAGUCAUGUGGUACCGGCGAACCCAGCGUCUCUGGCCACUGCCUUGCGCGCCAUCAAUGAAGGCGGCACGUCAGGGUUGCCGUUCCGCGAUCGCCCCCCGCCGCAUGAUUCGCCGUAUUCUAAGAGCAUCUCGUCCACCGCACCUGGGUCGCCCAGAAUACCUCCCGUUCGACAGAACUCAGGCACCCAGACCCCGCGCGUGCGCCCACACGCGACAACGCUCAGCAUUCCGGGCAUGACAAGAUCCAAUAUUUCCCCCGAUGGGAAAAUAGCUGAUCGAGAUGUUGCUGCCAAGUUGGUCAUUAUCAUGGUUGGCCUCCCGGCUCGUGGUAAAUCAUACAUCACAAAGAAGAUCAAGCGCUAUCUCUCUUGGCAGCAGCAUGAUACCAGGAUCUUCAAUGUCGGUAACCGACGGCGUGUGGCAGUAGGCAUGAACUCCCCGAUGAUCGCACGUGCUGAGUCAAACCCCAUGGAUGCUCCGAAGCAGGUGGCCAAGAUUCUGUUCAACGGCACUCAAGCGGCCCCUCCAUUAGAACCGCUUAAUGGCACUCAAGUUGUCUCUUCACUAGAAUCUCCACGACGGAAUGAACCAGCAGAAUGGGAUCUCAAUGAUCCCAACGCCACUCCCAUGGAUCAAUCGGCCAACUUUUUUGAUCCCAAGAAUGCCUCCGCCUUCAGGAUUCGGGAGCAAUGUGCUAUCGACACACUGGAUGAGCUGCUCGACUACUUGAUCAGCGGUGGGGGGUCUGUCGGUAUCUUGGAUGCCACGAACAGCACCAUCAACCGUCGGCAAAUGCUCUUCGACCACAUUAAGAGAAGGGAACCGAAACUCGGCAUCCUCUUCAUCGAAAGCGUCUGCAAGAAUCCAGAUUUGUUGGAAGCAAACAUGCGCCUCAAGCUCUCGGGUCCUGACUACAAAGACAAGGAUCCCAUGAAGUCUCUCGCAGACUUCAAAGAGCGUGUGAGGCAGUAUGAAAGUGCGUACGUGCCUCUGGGCGAUUACGAAGAAGAACACGCUAUGCAGUACAUCAAAAUGACCGAUGUGGGUAAGAAGCUUACUCAUUUCGGUCUAGAGGGUUUCUUGUCGGGCGGUAUCGCACACUAUCUCUCGUCAUUCAACUUGGCGCCGCGUCAGAUCUGGAUUACCAGACAUGGUCAAUCUUAUGAUAAUCAGCUGGGCAAAAUCGGCGGAAAUUCGGAACUCACAGAGCGGGGACAUUUCUACGCUCUCACGUUGUACAAGUUCAUCACGCAAAAGCGCAAGGAGUGGUUGGUUGAGCAAAAAAACAAGAUUGCCCAGGCCUCUUUCCCUCCACAGCCUGGCGACCGGUCACCUCCUUAUCCCGAGCUCAAUCGCGAGCUUGAAGAGAAGAACACGUGCGUGUGGACUUCGAUGUUGAAGCGAAGCAUCCAGACAGCCGAAUACUUCGAGGCAGAUGAGGAUUACGACGUGAAGGCCUGGGAGAUGCUCAACGAGCUCAACGCUGGCAGAUUCGAGGGCAUGACCUACGGAGAGAUUUCCCGCAACCAUACGGGGGAGUACACGAAGAGACAGCUUGACAAGCUUCACUACGUCUACCCUGGAGUCGGAGGCGAGGGCUACCUACAAAUUAUCAGUCGCGUUCGCGACUUGGUGCGGGAAAUCGAACGAAUCAAAGAUCAUCUGCUCAUUAUCGGACAUCGAUCGGUUUGCAGAGUCCUGAUGGCGUAUUUCAUGGAUCUCACAAGGGACGAUAUUGCGGACCUGGAUGUGCCCCUUGGAAUGGUCUAUGCCAUCGAGCCCAAACCUUAUGGCAUUGAAUUCCACGCAUACAAAUACGACGAGGACAAGGGAUGGUUCGACGAGCUACCCAACUACGUACCUCAAAGGGCAAGCGAUCAAAAUGCUUAACGGCAUAUCGACGGCGGUGUGCAUACAAAAUUUUGCUGUACAGUACAUUUACUAGACAUUGCCUCGCAACAGGAAAGAGAAAAAAAGACAUGUCUUGGCGAAAGUCCGGGUUUCGCAAACGGUUGGCGGCACGCGUGCAAUAGAAUGGAUCGAUUGCAGUGGAUUCUAGUGGCGUUUGAUAAGGAAGGAGAGUUGGGUUGCAGAUACCAGUCGCGAUCCAUUCACAGGAUAGUGCGGGAGUUAAGGGCGUGACAUUCUAGGGCGCUGGAGGUAGUUUCGAUUGAAGGUGGUUUCAACCUCGCCACUCAAUGAGGAUGCGGGGUUUCUAGAGUAUUACAUAGCUAACGCUGACGUUGCAACAAUUUGGUUAUAGAGCCUGCGCUGAUUCAGAGAAAUGUUCAACAACAUGGUAUCCCUG